CACAAGACGAGUGAAAAAUUUAUCAACAUUGCAAAGAAUUUUCACUAAUUUGCAAUAGUUUUGCAAUAUUUUACUAGUAUUUAGCCAUCGGUCGGUGCGCCAGUGGUUGCUGUUGGAAAUCAAGCUCAUCCAGGAAACCAUGGCUGGAAACGUAGUGCGGAUGUCCCAGCCUGGAACGCCAGCAGCCACUCAAUCCAGCUACAUGAAGGUGUUUAUCCAGCGGGACUACAGCGAAGGAACUUCCGUCAAAUUUCAGACCAGAUUCCCGCCGGAGCUGGAGAGUCGGAUCGAUCGGCACACAUUCGAGAGCACGAUGAACAAACUGAACGAGUAUUUUGUCGAAGCAGAGAAGGGUUCCUGCAGUACGUAUUGCGAGGGUUGUCUGGCGUGUAUCACCGCCUAUCUAAUCUAUAUCUGCACCGAGACGCACUACGAAAAGUGCUUGCGCAAGGUAUCAAAGUACAUUGCGAUGCAGAACGAGCGUGUGUACAAUCCGAAGGGACUGCAAAUCACCGAUCCGGUAUGCCGGGGACUGCGGGUCAUAGAGAUCUCGAUACUGGACCGUCCCGGACGCACGUGACUGCCACUGUCGCAUUCCACCGAGGAAUUCUUUAUGUAAUUCGGUUUAAUAGAGAAUACUACACAUAGACAUACCGACACAUUCAGCUGACCAACAGCGGAAACCCUCUUCUGGUGUAAAUUGAAGGACAAGCAAAAUAGUUAAGCAGAACAAGUGUAUAAUCAGAUCCAAUCGCGUUGUAUCAAAAGUGUAAACGCCAUCAAGAUACAUACAUAGAGCAUAGAUCCAUUGAUAGAACCCCUUUCCAUACUUCCAGCAACGAUUUCCUAUCCUCUAAAGAGGUACACUUCGAAGGCUUUGGUUGUAGGUAUAACUGCUUCCGAAGUCUCGAUUUGAGUUCAUUUUCAUUUUCGUUUAUUAAAAACGCAUUUAGUUUUCGAAUUCCGACAAAUGUAACAAACGUUAAACGAAU